AUGGCGGUGCUUGCGAUCGAUUAUCGUCUGGCGCCUGAGCAUCCUUUUCCGGCCGCAGUUGAUGAUGCGGUUUCAGCUUACCGAUGGCUGCUGAACAAUAAUCACGAGCCGCAAAAUAUAACCUUUGCCGCGUACCUGGCCGGGGCGUCUCCCAGGGACUCGCUGGUUGCACCUAUUUAUGGUGACCUGAAAGGAUUGCCACCACUACUCAUUCAAGUCGGCACCGCGGAGACACUAUUGGACGAUGCUCGGCGCUUAGCAACACGUGCAAUUGCCGAUGGGGUCGUUAUCGACUAUCAGGAGUGGCCGGACAUGGUUCACGUUUUCCAGCACUUUGCGCCAAUGAUCAAUGAGGGUUAUGCGGCCAUUGAGCGGAUUGGAGAAUUUGCCAUGAGCGAAGCAUUAGAUAAUGAGCUCGAAAACUCUGUCAUGGACCUGAGAGACACCAUGCUUGGCCGCGAUCCGUACACGAUUCCCCUGGAUGAGAUAGAUGUGGCUCAGCCAGCGUUAUUUCAGGCUGAUGCAUUCUGGCCCUUUUUCGACCGUCUGCGAAAGGAAGACCCGGUUCAUUACUGCAAAGAGUCGCAGUUUGGGCCGUUCUGGUCGGUGACCAAGUUUAACGACAUCAUGGAGGUGGAAGGUAAUCCCCGAGUUUACUCUUCGGCCGACGGCAUCAGCAUUGCGCCUGUAAACACCUCAGCUCUGCCGGUGGAAAUGUUUAUCGCCAUGGAUGAGCCGAAACACGGAGAACAGCGCAAGACCGUUCAGAACGUGGUUGCACCGAAAAACCUGGCUGAGCUCGAACCGCUGAUCAAAGAGCGGGUCGGUACCAUUCUGGAUUCGCUGCCCGUUGGCGAAACGUUCAACUGGGUAGACAGGGUGUCGAUAGAGUUGACCACGCAGAUGCUGGCAACGCUGUUCGACUUUCCGUUUGAAGACCGGCGCAAGCUGACCUUUUGGUCUGAUGUGGCGACUACUCAGCCGGGACCGGAUGGUCUGGUGAAGACCGUCGAGGAGAGGCGUGACGUGUUACUGGAUUGUCUCAAGGCGUUUACAGAGCUCUGGAAUGAUCGGGUCAAUCAGCCGCCGCGAGGGGACCUUAUUUCAAUGCUCGCUCACGGGGAAGCAACCCGCAACAUGCAACCGUAUGAGUUUCUCGGCAACCUGAUGCUACUGAUCAUCGGUGGCAAUGACACAACACGAAAUUCGAUCUCGGGUGGGGUCCUGGCGUUGAAUCAGAAUCCCAAUCAGUACAACAAACUGCGAGCAGACCCUGGGUUGAUAGCCAGCAUGGUGCCGGAAAUUAUUCGCUGGCAGACUCCCCUGACCUCAAUGCGUAGAACCGUGACGGAAGACACCCAGUUACGGGGAAAGCAGUUCAAGAAAGGUGACAAGGUGGUUAUGUGGUACGUGUCGGGUAAUCGCGACGAAGAAGUCAUUGAUCAGCCGUACGAAUUCAUCAUCGAUCGCGAGCGGCCACGCCAUCACUUAUCCUUCGGAUUCGGGAUACAUCGUUGCAUGGGUAAUCGGCUUGCCGAAAUGCAAUUGCGUCUGCUGUGGGAGGGAAUCAUGGAGCGCUUCGACAUGGUUGAAGUCGUCGGCGAACCGGUACGUAGUUUAUCGACGUUGAUCAAAGGCUACACCGACCUCCCAGUCAGGCUUCAUCCCAAGAAGGUGGCAUGA